UGCUCCAUGUGUGACGAGCCCGCGACAAGCGCAUGCAAGGAAUGCCGCUGUAGCCGCUACUGCUCCAAGGACUGCCAAAAGCUCGACUGGCCAAUCCACAAACUGCUCUGCAAGACCUUUUCGGACUUCCACCCCAACAACGCCCCAGGUCCAGACUUCUACCGCGCCAUCUUCUUCCCCGAGCAAGGACCGCGUCCGCGCUGGAUAUGGCUCAAGCUCCAGGAGAGCCCUAGCGGAAUUAGAAUCCACUUCAACGGCGUCCCGGUCGAUCAGCCUCUCGUCACGGUGGGCGGUCGCAUUAAAAACCGCGUUCUCGAUCGCGACCACGAGCGGAUUAACAUGCUGGGCUGCUUGAACGAGCGGAGGAAACUCACCGGAAUGGGGAACAAGAGCCUGGACGCCAUCGGCGAGGAACUGUCCAAUGGUAUGAGGGGCCCGCUUCUAUACCAUGGCUGGUGCGAUCACCUGGACACCAUGAGCUUCCGGCACAUAGUCGAUGACAUGCGGCUGGAAGUGGAAAUCGUCUCGCGGGAUCACAUGGAGAAGAUCGAAGGCGAGACCGUACAAGCCGUGCGGCUGAACUGCGAGGGCGAUACGGCGAUCUGUGGACGCCCACAGGUAGAGGCGGUGAAAGCUAGUCCGGGCAUCUUCAGCGAAGGCUACCUCCCUCAGAUACCCGUCGCAGCGAAGCUCGGGAUACCGCUUCGUCUUGUAGGAGUACAGCAUGCGGCUGUGUGGCGGGACCGAACGUUC